AGGCUUGUCGUAUUACAACAACACACCUUUUAUAAUAAACAAUGAAUUAUAAGCUAUUUUGUGUCGUGAAUAAUACAUGUAUAUAUAUUUGAAUGGACUAAGUAGUGUCGUGUGGUGGUACUUGAGGUAGCUGGCGUAGGCGGCCGUGAGUCCGUUCACGUUGAGGCUAAUGUCGGCCAAGGCUAGGUUGAAGACCAGGAAGUUGCUGGGGGUCCUCAGCUCCCGGACACCCAGAAAAGAGGCGACGGUGACCGCGUUGAGAAGAAACCCGAGCACCCCUGUGGACAGAUGGAGGACGGUCCCGGCUAGCAAAGCCAAGAGCUAGCACUUUCCCCGGUGGUCCUCGCUUCUACUUACCGCCAACGAAGAGCGCCGAACCGAACAAGAACAUGUCAAAGUCCGUGAAGCCCUCAGUGUAGCUGCUUCUUCCACAAACUGAGCGAUGGAUCGAAAGCAAGAAGUGUACUUUGCAAUGAUCCCGAGAUCAGCGUCAUUCCUACAAACUUCCCCACCGACACAUCCAAGCUCCGCAUCGAGAAGACAUCCAUCACAAGGAUUUCCAGUGACAACUUCCGCUACCUUGGCAGCAUGGAGUUCCUGUGGAUGUCUUUCAACUCCCUGAGUUCGCUCAGCGUGGAAAGUUUCCGGGGUCUUACCACCCUGGAUGAGCUGAGGCUGGACGGGAACUCCCUCACCUCGUUCCCGUGGGAGUCCCUCAGGGACAUGCCCAACCUGAAGCUGCUCGACUUGCACAACAACAAGAUCUCCGCCAUCCCGGCCGAGUCCAUUAUGUACAUUAAGAACAUCACCUACUUGGAUUUGUCCAGCAACAGUCUCACCACUGUCCCCGUGGACGUCCUCUCGCUGUGGCUGAGCGUCAAACCGUCACAGGAUGCGGACUCCUCCAAGUUCAUCCUUGGUCUCCAUGACAACCCCUGGUUGUGCGACUGCCGGCUCUACGAUCUGGUCCAGUUUCAGAAGUCUCCCAGGUCAUCUGUGGCUCUAAUAGACCCCAGGCUGCGGUGUGCAGACCCCGAGAGUCUAUCUGGAGUUUUCUUCACCGAAGCAGCGCUGCAGAGGUGCCAGGGCCCGCGGGUGCACACGGCCGUUGCACGUGUCCGUAGCUCGUUGGGCAACAACGUGCUCCUCCGCUGCGGUACGGUCGGCGUCCCCAUCCCCGAGCUGUCCUGGAGCCGUGCCGACGGCAAGAAAAUCAACGGCACGAUUCAGCAAGAGAUCUCAAAGGAGGGAAUCAUUUGGUCCAUUCUCAGCGUCCCGGCAGUCUCCUACCGGGAUUCGGGAAAGUAUGUGUGUAAAGCGGCUAACUUUGUCGGAACAGCAGACGCGAUCAUCUCCCUGGUGAUCACAGACUCGUUUCGUUCUGAAGAAGCAGGAGGUGGAGGAGGUGCGCUCGCUAAGAGAUCCAGGGGAAAGAAAGCCGGCAGUAUUGGGAGGGCCGCAUACCAGGAGAAACUGAUCGCCAGGUAUGUCCCUCCCCCGACCUCCUCGGCAGGCAAACCCGUCAUCGAACCCCUCAAUGGAAAAGGAGUCACUGGGAAGUACGAUGUUGAGAGCUACAGCGUGUCCGACGGCUCUCGAGAGAAGAUGGAGCAGAGCCCUCUGGGCAACAUGGUGGCCAAUGCGUCAUCCUUACAAGCUCCGGAGAGAAGGAUCGUGCGUUCGGUGAAGGUGAUCGGCGAUACCGACCACACGGUUUCAUUGAAUUGGCGAGCCCCAACUGCCACCAACACCACCGAGUUCAGUGUCCUGUACGCCGUGUUUGGCGAGCGGGACAUGCGUCGGAUCAAUGUGGGUGCGGGCAAAAACCGUAUCACCAUCGAGGGCUUGGUGCCAAAAACAAAGUACAUUGCUUGCGUUUGCGUCAAAGGCCUGAUCCCGAAAAAGGAGCAGUGUGUAAUCUUCUCAACGGAUGAGGCAGCCAGCGCAAGCGGCACCCAGAAGCUCAUCAACGUGGUGGUCAUAACGGUGGCCUGCGUCAUUGCCGUGCCCCUCACUCUCAUCGUGUGCUGUGGCGCCAUCAAGAAGCGCUGCCAGAAACUCUUGGGCAGGCAAUCCAAGGAAAUACAGGAUUCCUACGUCACCUUUGAGACCCUGGGACCCGGGGCUAAAGCUAAAGGGAUGGAAGGCGAGUAUCUGACCCGGCUGAACCCCGAUGAGUCCAAUCGACUCCUCUCUGCCAGGUCGAGUGUCGACUCGGAGGCCAUUACUCGGACUGAGGGGCCACCAAACGAGUACUUCUGCUAGAAUCCGAUGUUUGCCUCAACCUUCUAGAGGAUGCACUUUGAGACUGGAGUAGUGAAGACCGAUCCCUCUUUGAGGAUGGAUGAAAUAACUUACAGCCUUGUGGGAAUACUGUGAAAGAAUAACCAUGUAUUGGUCAGCAAAAAAGGGAAGUUCUACACAGUGAAGGGGUUAUUUACAUGUGGCGUUCAUGUGUACAAAUGGCACUUUUCAACUACUGCAUAACAACCCGUAUUUUAUCCACCAUGUAACUUCCACACUGUGUAAAACCCUGAAGAUACCUUAUUUAGAAAGACCAAGCGACUGUUAUUCUAUCUUUUAUAUCGUCAUGUGCCAGGUUUACCGUCCACUCAAGGUACAACUCACACUUUUUCUAAACAUUGUAAACAUUGUCAACGGAGGCAUCUACUGUAUGUGUGCAUGCAUUGUAAAUAAAGUUUUUUUUUGUAUUUACUUGCUUUACCUGCUUCUUUCUUAUGUCCCUGGGUGUACUAAGGUUUUGUUAAAUCUCAUCAAAUACUCAAAAAAA